AUGCUAGCUAAAAUCCGCGAUCUGCGGAACAAUCCUCACCUCCUUUUUGUCCGUCUUCCAAACCUCUUAUCGCUUGCCUGUAUCGUCGUCGGCGUCGUUUGGCUCUUGCUCCUCCCCCUCAACGAGUACUCCCGACAAACCUACAUCUCCGAAAAUGCACUUCUCCCGGGCCAGGUCCACGCGUAUUUUUCGGGUAGCGAGCAGAAUAUCUUCCGUGGAUACAAGAAGGAAUUGGAAGGGCUGCUGAACGAGGGACGUGAUCAAGGUGUCCCUCCAGCCGAGGCGGGCCAGACUCCAGCGGUCUCCAGCAAAAUCCAGUCGAUUCUGCAAGCUGCGGGAUUGAAGGUUGCAACGCAGAAAUACGAAUAUACCUCUGCGGGCAUUACGCACGAAGGCGAGAAUGUCUACGCUAUCAUCCACGCGCCGCGCGGCGAUGCCACAGAGGCAAUGGUGCUGGUCGCGGCGUGGAAGACGGCCAAUGAUGAGCUCAAUUUGAAUGGUGUCACCUUAGCCUUGACAUUGGCUCGGUACUUCAAGCGGUGGUCAUUAUGGUCCAAGGAUAUCAUCUUCGUCUUUACACCUGACAGUAAAUCUGGGACACAGGCGUGGAUCGAUGCGUACCAUGACAUGCACCCUGCCUCUGUACAACCUCUCCCAUUGAAGAGCGGAGCAUUGCAGGGCGCUCUGGUGAUUGAAUACCCCUUUGACCACCGCUUCCAGUCCCUGCACAUCGUGUACGAUGGUGUGAACGGCCAAUUGCCCAAUCUCGAUCUGUUCAACACGGCCGUCGCCAUCGCCAGCAACCAGAUGGGCAUCGGAUCGAGUCUGCAGGAGAUGUGGAAGCACGACGACAGCUACCAGGCCCGACUGCAAACCAUUCUGCGUGGCAUGGCUAAGCAGGGUCUGGGGUAUGCCACCGGCGCUCACAGCAGCUUCAUGCCUUAUCAUAUCGACGCGAUCACCCUGCAGCCCAAGGGGGAAGGCUGGGAGGACGAGAUGGCCCUGGGCCGCACCAUCGAGAGCAUCUGCCGCAGUUUGAAUAAUCUGCUAGAGCACCUGCAUCAGAGCUUCUUCUUCUAUCUGCUUAUGCAGUCCAAUCGCUUCGUCAGUAUCGGCACGUACCUGCCCAGCGCUAUGUUGAUUGCGGGUAAUUUUACCAUCAUGGCGAUUGCGCUGUGGAUGCGCACGGGGUACUACUCUGGCACUAUUUCGACCACCCCGGCAACCGCUGGGGACAAGAGAGAACAGCCAUCUAACAAGAAAGUGACCUCGGGUAAGCCUGUGGCGGACGUCAAGCUGCAGGAGAGCGGCGUUGCUGAAAGACAUCUGGCUCUGCCACUGACCCUGGUCGUCGGACUACACUUGCUGGGCCUUAUUCCACUCUGGCUCUUCAAUACGCUUCCGCACCAGUAUCUCCCCACCAGUGCCUAUGCCUUUGUCAUCGUCGACAUCGUCCUCCCCUUAGUCUUGGCCGCCCUACUAUCUCAUGGCCUCGGCCUCUCCGCCCCCAUCAUCCCCCAGCAAUACCAACUGAUCAAAUCCUUCUCCUUGCUUCUGUUGGGCCUCUCGCUUUCAACUCUGGCAACCCUCAACUUCUCCCUUUCGUUCAUGGUCGGGCUCCUCUGCGCCCCGCUCAGUUUCAUCGAGCGGCUUCAGAGCCCGUCCAGGCCUGUGCGCUCCACUAUUUCCGGCAUCGGCUUUUUGUGCCUGAAUCUCCUGUCUCCGCCGAGUGUUCUGCUGGGGGUGUGCUGGUACACCGGGGUGUCUGUGGAGACAGUUCUGACGCAGGCGGCUUUCGGGUGGGAUGUGUGGGGGGUCUGGACGCAGGUGGUUGUCUGGUGUGUCUGGUGGCCGGCGUGGUUGAUCGGCUGUGUGCUCUUGGGGGCGUCGAUGUUUUGA